AGAGGUUUAAGUACAUUGCUAUGGAUUUUUAAGAAUAGCUAUGAGGGAUUAUACGCCUGUGAAGGUUGUCCGAUGGAAUGUCAUUCAUUUCCUGUUGACGAUUGCCGCCACGCAAGGUGCUUUGGUGCUGACAUCUGAUAAACAGUAUGCACAACUUCAAGGUGAUAUAACAGUAACCUGCAACACGAGUGAAAAUGUUAGCUCUGUUGAGUUUAAAAGAGAUAACAACUAUGUGGGAAGAUGCAACGCAUUUAUUUGUGAGUCAACGGAUACAAACAAGUCAAUUGUGAUCCAAAAUAACAUCUCGUCUGGAAACAACUUAUUCGCCUUAACGAUAAAGAAUUUUAAAGUGAACGACACAGGUUAUUAUACAUGCGUCAAUUCGAAUAAAACGGAACAGGUCUCUGGAAAAGAAGUCACGUAUGCAGUUGACAUCACGUUAGUGACACUGACGCCAAAGGCGAAUCCUAUAUCGGUUAUUGAAAACACCCCGCAGCUAUUUCAGUGUCUUACGUCAAUAUGUCGUCCGAAGGCCAAUGUUACGUGGUAUCUGGGCUCCGAACAACUCACUUCUGCAACUGUGUCCAGCCCCUCACAAGAUGUCACUGCUAGUACACUUAACUACACCUCGCAGCGAAAACAUCAGAACAUGAACAUCUACUGUCAAGGAAGUAAUGGUGGUCAAGUACUGACAUCUGAUAAACCGAUGAUAAACGUUCUUUAUGGACCUAGUCAAAUCGUUUGUAAACUUGGUGGAUCAACAAUGUCCUCUGGGGUAUCAGUAAAAGAAGGCUGGGAGUUCGGCUUAGACUGCAGCAGCGACGGAAAUCCGUCACCAAGCUUUUCCUGGACGCACCCUGGGGAUGGAUCGUCUAAUCCACUCUUUAUACGCAGCAUCAACAGAACACACGCUGGAAGAUUCACGAUAAUAGCAAGAAGCAACUUGAUCCCGUCAGAACAACAGACAGUUAAUCUCACCAAGGACAUUUAUGUUAAAGUCGAGGUUCAAUAUCCACCAGAUCCACCGAGCUGCCGCGUCGGAUCAUCUGCCAUAUCAUCAAACAUAGUAUCUGCAAUACGAGGAAAUACUAUCUCAAUCAACUGUUCCUGUGAUAGCAACCCACCAUCCAGAAACUCGUGGUCUGUCCCCGGAGUAUCCACUCCAACUUCUGGACAAAGUUUUGACCUGGUCGUUCAGAAAGCGACUACGAUAACGUUAACCAUGGAAAACAGCAUGCAAUUUACAAAUGGCAAAAAUGAACAAGGAAGGCAUGAGUCGCCAAUUGAAGUCAAAGUACUUUUUCCACCAGUGGUAAAGCCACUGAAAAACGUUACAGUUCUCGAAAAAAGCCAAGUUAGUGUGGCUUGUGAAGUAACAGCUGGUGUUCCAAACAAGACCAUAUUUAGAUGGGAGAACAUAUCUGAUAUGACCUCAGUCGCCACGGAGCAGACACUUCGCAUCGUCAACAUUAGUCGAGCACAGGGAGGAUACUACAGAUGUAAUGCUUCGAACUUCAUGGAACCCACGGGAUAUGACUCAACCGUUGGCAGCUGUAACAAUACAGUCUACAUUGAUGUACAAUAUGAGGCAAAAGUGACGAAUUUUACAUUAUUGAAUGUUAAUCACGGGCAAAACUUUCAAGUAAAUGAAAACACACAAGUCAAAUUCUAUUGCCGAGCUCAAAGCAAUCCAUUUUCAAAUAUAGUGUUGUCUAAAUACAAUAAAGAUUUGAGGACAACGAGUAACACAAAGGGAUUGGAGUUUGAGAUCAUAAAAUGCAGUUGUGAGGACGAUGGCACUUACCAGUGUGCAGCAAAAAAUAUACACAACACUCAAGCUGAUAUCAGGUCCUUGGAGUUGUUUGUCAGAUGUUCACCUCGUGCAUCGACAUUGGCCCCAACACAACAGAACGUAACAACCCCUACCGAAGUGUCUGCAGUAUUAACUCUUAAUUUUGUAGCCUUUCCAAGACCACGAGUGGCGGAAAUUGUGUGGGAAAAGAUUUUUCCAGAUAAUGAUACGCGGGUUACCGUUCGUAAUGGCUCAGAUGUUGACAUACUUCUUUCUGAAGACCGACUUCAAACUAAUUUGUCCUUCCGUUCAGUAACACCAAACAAUUUCGGUCAUUACCGUGUACAUGUCAAAAAUGAACUUGGAAAUUACACUACAACGUUUAUACUGAAGGCGCAAGAGCGUCCACAUUCUCCUUUCAUUCUGCAACACUUACAAAAAGUCUCAGUUGACACGAUUUACAUUGAAUGGACACCCGGGUUCGAUGGAGGGCUUACUCAAACGUUUCACGUAGAGUACAGGGACAUUGGAUCUUCCGUCUGGAGGAAAGAUGAUGUUAUUGCUGGACACUUUUAUCACACCAUUGUUGGAUUGAAUCCUAAGACAAUGUACAAAAUAAGAGUGUUUUCAACAAAUGACAUUGGAAAUUCAAGUGCAUCAGAGGUUUUAACAGUGGCAACAUUAAAAAGGCCGGAAACUGGCGGAUCACCUGUUGUGCUUAUAGCAGUGUUAGGUGCCGUCGCGUGUGGAGUCGUGCUUUGUGUUGUUAUAAUAAUAAUCGUCAAAAGAAGAAAGGCAGGGAAAAGGACAGAUGUUGACAGAUUAACCAACGAACAUCAGCUGCAGUCCAAGGCGAACACGGACGAAAAUGAAGAAGAUGAUGACGAUGAAGUGAUUAAUCCGUUAUAUGGAGGAGGUGAUGAUGUACAGGACCACACAAACAAGGUGGAGGCUAUUUAUUCCCAGCCUCAGAAGAAAAAAGCUGCAAGCGUGUCAAGUGGAGUCAGUGACCUAUAUGGUGUUGUAAACAAAAAGCCGAAAGGAAAGAAGGGAACGGGAAAGGCAUUGAAACAAAAGAAGAAAGCCAAACCCAGCGAAGAUGUAUACGAGAACGCUACAAAUCACAGAGAGAUGCAUGAUCGAGACACUACUCUUGCUGGUGAUAUCUACGAGAAUCAUGAAGUGCCUCUGACAGCGAAAGCAACAAAGAGAAAUGUAAACGCAGAUGGACUUUUAUACGCAGAUCUUGAAUUGUCAAACCCCCUAAACGGACAACAGGGAUUUGUCAUCCACGGUUUAGAUAACAUGACAGAAUACGCAGAAGUGAACUUGACCAAAAGGGGGAAACCAUUUCCUGAAAAUGAUGGAGUUGAUAGUUAAUCGACAUCGAAAUAAUGGAAAGGAACAUUUUCCAGCUCAUGUUCCAUCGUAAUUGUUAAAACUAAAGUUGCAUAAGUUUGCUAGCAAACAGUGGUACAUUACACAUCUAUUUAGCUAUAAAGCUUUAAAUCUUGGUAUAACACAAAAAGUUUUAAACUUGCAUUAAGGUUCAUUUUUUUUUCAAACAAGCCAAUAAGAGCAAAGUUCUCCGUACCCUCGUUUUCGCUUUAAUGCAUAUGUGUCUGCAUUAAUGCAUAUGCUGGGCCUUGGCUCAUACAAAUUAUCUACAAACCGGAGCUUUAAUUUAACUAUAUUUCGAUUACAGUUCAUGUAUUGAAAUUAAACGAACUUACUCCGGUGGUUAUCUCUUACGUCGAAUAAUAUUUUGAGCCACAACAUGUUGUUAUGCGUUGAUAAUGCCUCUUCCAUUGUACUGUCAAUGAGUUAAAAAUGUAAGUAAAAUGUGAGUUACUAUGUCACCUAAUGGUAACGAGUAAGGUUAACAUAAUCGGGAAACGUAUUACUACAUAGGUUUGACUAUGUGUUGUCUUAAAUGAAAAAGUUCUAACUGAAAAUAAAUUUCUGAUCUUUUAGAACUUGCAUGAUUUACUAGAGCUUAAUGUUGACAGAUUUAACACCGUCAAUUUCACGAAAACUGUUUUAGCAAUUUUCAAUAAUUGAAACUUUUUAAUGACAAAAGGUUAAAUCAUUUUGGUGCUAGUGCAUAAUUAUUAGUUCCAUAUCUUAUAGAAAAAAACACAUUCUAAAUCGUGAACCGCUUUUCCGUUAUAUAUUGUGUAUUAAUUGUGUGUGCAUUUAAAUAAACAAGUACUCCCAGUGAUGAAAUGUCAUAUACGUAUAUUCUUUACAGCGCAGGGUAUAAACCAAUAUUAUCUUUAAUUAAGAAGAAAUGAAUAACUUAUAUUUCCGUGUACAGUUGUUCACGCACUUAAAGCGUUCCUUGAACCCCCACUUCGUGGUGGUUGGUCUCGGGCUUAAUGAUAUUACAUUUACAGACGCUCUGAAUAAGAGGACCAAACUUGGAAAUUUGGACUCAUUGCUGAUGAUAAUCACAGGACAAAUGAAUGUGUGCCUUACACAGUCAACAAACCAAUGGAUCAUUUCAAUGCAAAGCACCAAAAUGCAUUAAACUUCGCAAAACUUUGAUGUACUUUGCCAUACUUUAAAAAGAUAGACCAAGCGUUUAAAUAAGUAAAUUGCGUUUUUGACUAUUUCAAAUUAUUAUUUCACAAUUCAAUUCCCAAUAAAUUAGAAAACAUGAGCAUCACAACACUUCAUGACCACAACAACACUAAGAAAUUUGAGCAUAGUGCACAAAGUAUUGAAAAUUAGGUUCUUACAUGAGCAUCGAGACAAUUGUUUAGUAAUUAAAUGCAAAUAUUAUGCAAGGGAUUACUUAAUACUUACGUGAAAAACUACAGAAACAAGCUCUGUAGCAAAAGCUUUAAACAUAAACCCGGUUUGUUGGCACUCGGUAAACGCCAAAGACAUAGAACACAAAAAACAAAAAAUAACAAACAAGAAACAUGGAAGAACAGCACAAAACUCCACAAACAGCACAGUGCAUACAUACUAUGUAUAUAUAUAAGAAAGUGUAGGUAUGUUGGAUUGUUUGAUACCGCCUUGGAACGGUCAAUAAACCUAAUUUAAACCUAAAACGAAACGAUAACAGUUUUAAUGAAAAUCUAGAUAUCAAGUACGAUGUCAACAUUAAGCUCUAGCAAUUAUGCAAUUUCCAAACGAGUUAUUUUUAUGUGACUUCUAAACUAAACACAACAAAUAUACAAUCCUACGUGGAACUUAAUUCUUCGAUUGUUUUGUCUAAUUGUAUAAUGCUAUUGAAAGCAAACACAAUAUAUCAUAAUCACCAUGCACGUCAACAUUCCAUUUAUUGGCAUUUGAUCGGAAUACGCGUUGGAGCAUAACGAAAUGUCGUGACUCCACGAUUUCUAACUAUGCUAUACAUAUAUGAUACACAUCAAAGCGUCAUAGUUAACCACUCAUGUAUUAGCUUGUAAUCGACCUUUUCCAGUUACCAAACGAAAUAUUGAAAAGUACCAGAGUUUAUUGCACCUUAUUUUCUUUUACUCAUUACUUUUGAGAACAUAUUUACAAAUUAAAUAAAUGUAUACAUAAAAGUAAAGUUGAAAAUAUCAAAUAAGCUAGGAAUUGUUAUUUUAUGACAUACAACUAUGCCCGUAUGUUACUAUGUAGAUGAAUGUAUCUAGUAUAUUCAGGUUUAUACUUUCUUGCAAUAAUAGAGCACUCAUUUAAUACUAUCAACUGUGCUUUUAAAACCCGAUGCCUGUAUGUAAAUGUUUGAAUGUUUUUAAGAAUUGUUGUAGGAAGAUUUUAUAAAACGGUUUAUUAGAUAUGGUUAAAUAUGUUUAGUCUGAUAUUAUUUAAUAUGGCAAUAAGUUACAAGUAAAACGGAACACAUAAAAAGAAAAUUAGACGAAAUAGUAUACCCUAUGACUGGAAAUUAAGUCACUAGGUUAAUAUAAGAAAAUGAAUACACACUUCCUAUAUCAUAUUGAGAUAAAAAAUAUAUAUUUUAGGGUAGCUGUGACGAUAAGAAAAAACGUUAACGCAUUCAAUGUAAAUUUUACUCAAAUUAGUGAAAGAUAGGCUUUUUUUCUGAUCGCAUUUUGUCCGUUGUACUUCGUCGUCAAAAUUUAUUUUGUAACCAUUCUAGCAUCAACAUUUCUGAACCAGUCUUAAUCAAACUCACACACAAUAUAUAUGGUCACAAUCUCUCGGUGAAAUUUGAAUAUUUGUUUUACCCCUGUUACGCAAGAAGCAGUAGUUUUUAUGUUUUUUGAAAACAAUAUCCAAAGUAUUUUUUUCCAAUCAUGAUGCAACUUGGUGACUUUGUUUGUGUGCAUAGGUUAUUUGUCGAGUUCGAUUUUGUUUUAAAUCAUUCCAGUCACUAAAAAAAGUAUGCCUCUUUCAUAUUAAACUGUGUCUUGUAUUUUGCAGACAUAUAAUUAUGUAUGUAUAUAUUUACCGUUGUUUGUAUUUUGUUUUUAAUUGAACAUGUUAAAACAAAUACUUAUGAUUGAUUUACGAAAAAAUACCAUACUUAACAUUGUUUUCAUUCUGGUACCUUCAUUUAUUCACCAAUUUAUAUUUAGAAGAUUAUGUAUGACCACAACAUCUCCAUCAAUUUUGAGUCAAUGCCAAUUUUGAUUAGAAUGUCUAGAUUAUUGCUGAUUUUUCGGAUAUCCCAUAUGAAAUCUUGUACCACUCAGCAACUAAACCUCCUCACCAAUCUUAUUUAUAUUUAAAUGGAACAGCAUGACCAUCAUAUUUCAGCCAUGUAUGGUAAGGGCAAAAAUGGACGCGCAUGUCUUAAGUUGAUUGCCUUUCAUUUUUAAAACACCUUGAGUUAUUUCCCUUUGUCAUUGCCUUUUCCCCAUGUUUUUACUUUAGCACCCUUAUUUCUAUGCCAUUCCUCAUUAACAUUAUUGUUAUAGGUAACUUUUUUAAACAAUAACAUCUCUGUUAUUGUGAUUUGAAUAAUCAGAUCAAUAAAUCAACUCAUUGAAAAAUCAAUACUAGAAUUAAUAUUCAACAUAUAAUCGAAAUGAUUGUCCUCAUCGAAUAUAUGUAAAAUUUGAAGACCGUUUGUCGGGACAAUAGCUAAAAACAUAGAAAUAUCGAAUACACGCAUUAUAAUGACCAUGGUCAUAGGUCAGCGAUUUAGCGUAUUCUUAUUAUAAAGAAAUCUGUAAGAAACAAUAUGUGUUUGUUUAAACAAAUGCGAGAUGCUAUGAAUUGUGCUUGAAUAAGUGAUUUGUUUAAUAUAUUGCUAGUUUGACACAGUUUAGAUUUGAAUGUAUUUAUGUGUGAUGUCUUUUUUCGCAAUUUUGAAAUAUUAAGUUGACUUUCACCUGUCUUAAAUUUCUAACUGUUCAGUAAUCGUAUCUGUAUUUUGUAUUAAAAAAAAUCUGUAUUGAAAAAUA